AUGCUCCACACCUUUCCCACUGCUUCAUUGCGACUGCAUCAGCUCAAGCCUGUCUGCGUCGAGCUGCUCUCCAAUUGCCCUUCUUCUGCGUCUGGCAAGGUGCAGCCUGGAUCGCACCCUCGCAUCCGACAGCUCUUACAUCGACUCGACUUGUUGCUGCAAGGCUACACCACCCUUGCACAGCCACAGCCCUCCUCAGAGGCACUCGACUCCCAUUCCAUCGCAUCCACAUCUCAUCUGCGCAUCAUUUCACAUCCACCGCUUCGUCAUCCGCUCUCUCUGAGCCUCAUCAACUACAUCUUCUAUCCAUUAGCCCAACUCUUCAAAUCCGAUGCAGACGGAAAGAGUGGUGCACUGCCCGAUACCAUACGCCAGCAGCUCUUUCGGUGCCUCGCUCUGCUGGCUCACGACUGGUGGUCAGCAUUCACACCAGCACAAGUCGCAGAUGGAUUAGGCAAAGCGAAUGAGAGCUGGAAAGUGUGGCAUCAACUCUUGAUUCUUGGCGUCGUCGCCUUGGUUGGGUCGCCUGCAGUACCGCACCAGGGCACCACCCAGGCUAGCCAAGAGACCCAAACAGCCAUCAUCGACUUCUUGCUUGCACUGUUGGCACCCCGCAUCGAAGUGUGGCGCGGGAGCCAGACGAGCAGCAGUCGACCUGACCAAGAGGGGGAGUGGGAGUGGGAGUGGGACGGCGUGUCGGAGCUACCGCUGCAGGAUGAAGGUGCAGUGGACGAUGGGCACAAUGGAGACGGCCCCCGCGCUCGAGCAUCGUCGCACGUGCAUUCAUCUACCUCUCCUCUUGCUAGCCGAUCCGAUUCAGGCUACCAGCGCUACCCCUGCGAAGCUCACGUCAAUCAUGCCAUCACUCAGGGUUCCAGCAAAGGAGCGCUGGCACACGCAUUGUCUGGUGCUUUGGAUAUAGCCAGCGGCGCAAGCGGCUCUCGACUGCUCACCACCUCAACCCGAACGCGAGCUGUCUCACUCGCUAGAAUCAUUCUUGUCGUAUGGCUCACGGGGGUGCGUUUGGACAAACGCGGUCGUCUGCAGCACUUGAGUCGCGAUGCCGCACGGGGGACAGGCGUGGAAAUUGCGCGAUUGGCACAACGAGCGACGACAUUCCUGCCGGGAUAUGUGAGCUCCAUGACUAGGACAGCCGUCGGGCAGGUUCGCAACACCUCUCAAAGUGCUAGCACGGCGCUAGGAGACAUCACAAAGACUCCCGGAGCUCUGGUAGCUGCUGCACUUGACGCGUCGAAAGACGCGCUUCUGGUCACCGUGGCGGAUCAUCUCGGCCUGUUAGCCGAAUGCUCCCCUCUGCCUGAUUACGCAGGAGACGCAGGAGACAGGGCAAGAUUUACGGAUUUGGUCUCGAUGGUGGAGGCUGUGCAACUAGAUGAGCGAAGCUUGGGCGUGCCGCUGGAUAUCACAAAGGAGCGCUCUGGCAACGCCAAGGGCGCCACUGUCGGUUCGGACGAAGUUCUUGCGAGCAUACAGACCACGCUGGAGCGCGUCGGCGCUGCUUUGGCCGCCAUGACCGGUGUAGUGAAGCACCAACACGCAUCCGCUCAGCUCGCCGCAGUACAUAUGGCGAGCGAGCUGUUGACGCACGCGGGCAAAACCCUCGACCUGUCCACGCAUUUUGCGACAAUGUCAACAGACCACUCGAGCACUUCGCGCAUGCUCUUUGUGUGGCUCUUGGAUAUCAAUGCCUCUCGUCUCUCAGCCACCAUUGUCGUCGAAACUGCCAGGAACGCUUUGAGCGCCUUGAUCACCAAUGAGCAGGUGUCUUCGUCCCGAUUGGCCAACUGGGCACAAAUCGAGCUUGCGGAGAGUCUAAGGCGCCUACCUCGUGCAAUUCUGACGCACGAUGACGAGAACACCACCUUGCUCGCAGGUCGUUUGGCUGCUCUCGUCCGUUGCCUGUCUGGGGAUCACCACCUGGGGCCCCAAUUCGUGACUCUGUUCACGUCAAUGAGUGUGAUGGAGCGACUCACAAGUCAGCUUCUGCCUGCUCUCGUACUUGGAUCCGUCGAUGAAGCAGCUGAAAGAGCUAGCUACAUAACGUUGCGCCAUGUCGACAAGCUCACCACGUACGCUCUUCUAGACAUGUUGAUAGACGUCGGCAAAGGCUUAGCCCAGGUCAGUCGACACAGUGGAUCCGUAGCGACGAAGCAGAAAAUAAAAGACUCUUUCCAGCUUGUCGUGCACUUCUUGACUUUGGGUCAGGCAAGGAGAACAUCACUGGGAGUAGCGUCGGAUGGUGCUUCCCAUGACAGACGCCUUUCGGCUUCCGCGCUUCUCCUCGCUAGUCAAUUGAUGGCUGGCAUUGCGCAAGCCCUUGGAGAUGAAACGACACGAGCGGCAACCGGACGCGAUGGCAAAAGAGCUCGCAAGGCUGCCCAUCGUUUGGCGCGCGAUGCAACGAACGCGGUGAUCGACAUGUGGGAAGCAGAUCAGGAUCAGCUCUUGAUAGCAGAUCAGUAUCACGAUGGACUCACUGGACACCAAUACGGGGGUUUGGAUGGGUCUGCCGAUCAACUCUCCACGACAGCGAUUUCUGGAGUCGAAAUAGAGCAUCGCAAGGGCUUACCCCACGGUCACCAAAUGCCGACGGAGCUGGAAAAGGCGGGUGCAGUACUCGAUCUGAGUUUUGUUGAGUCUGCACACCUUGCAAAGAAUGAGUCUGCACCAUCAAGGCACGCUGCGUUGGCAGCAGCAAUGGACGAUGCCGCAAUGCAGCUGCAGUGUGGAGACGUUUUGCUCUUUUCCAUCGUCGGGUCGUGCUCAGAUUUACUGGGCAUCUCUUUCCGGCCUUUGCUCUUGCACACACUCUAUCCCUUGAUCUGCGGACUGGCAUCUUCCAGCGGUGCAGUCGCUCAGGCUGCGAGCAGGACUUUGCAAAGAGUCGCAAAGGCAUGUGCGUACCCGGAUAUGCAAAGUCUUGUGCUCCAGCAUGCGGACUACAUACUGGGUGCAGCUAGUCACCGACUCGUCGCUGGACUCGGUCCAGAGCUGCAAGCGGUCACUGCAAUCACCAAACGAAUGCAGAUUGAAAUUGCAGGCGAGGAUGCAAAGAAGUCCGCCCUGACGCACGAGCUGGUUCGAGCACAUUACGGCAACAAAGUACUUCUUCCAGCACAUCAGACGUUGACACCGCUCAACAGCGCCCAGACUGCCCCGCUCGUCCUCAUCGAGGUGCUGAGGCUGCUAGGCUCGGACGCGCUUCCGCUAGUCGAAGAUGCUGUCGACGAAGUGUUGGAUGCGCUGGACCGGUUUCAUGGCUACGACGAGCUUUGUAAUGGGCUCCUUGGGCUGCUGGAUCGAAUGCUGGAGGUCAUGGCUAUCGAGAAGGCCAAUACAUCCACAAAGCAGCGCGCGCCGUCGAAUCUCAGCACGCUGCCUAGUCUGGCGUCGGAGUUGGCGUCUUUUGACAAAUGGUACCGUGGACGCAAGUCUCCUCACGACCACGACAAUGUAGAGCCACCUCUGGUCUCUGAGCCAGGCGCGGGUCUGGAACAUUCGGCAGAGGCGAAACGGAUGGGGCCGGACGACAAUCCCGACGCCCCAUCACGCACACAAGCUGUUACGUCCAACAUCCUGGCAAAGUGCGUGCCAUUCCUGAGUCAUUCCUCGCCACUGCUUCGCGUGACAGUCUUGAGGUUGCUGCGGCGGGGCGUGUCGAUUCUUGCGCCGCAGGAGAGGCACGCUGAGAUACUCGCAGUCAUCAACCCUGCAUGGCCGGUGCUCUUGACCCGUCUGGGCUCACCUGUGACACUGCAGACCUCAGCACGAAGAAAUGCGAGUGGUGAACAGCUGCUCGAUCGAUUUACGGAGAGAGAUCCUACCGUCUGGGUGGAGAGUGCUAAGCUGAUGGAGGAGUGUGCCACUCAUUUGCCGGACUUCCUUGGCAGGAAAAUAGUGGAGGAGGUAUGGCCCCGGCUGGACGCCUUACUCGAGGUGUGCGCCACCCUGCAAACGCUGGAGAGCCGCCGCUUAGCACAGCGAGGACCUGUCUCGUUCAGCCUUGCCUCACCUUUAGGUGCACAAGCUUCUUCACCGCCACAUGCCCCGCGACUCCAAACUCUGCCUGCCCUCAGCUCCAAAUCUGUUCAACUCUUUCCAGAGUUUAGCACAGUUGGCCGCCUGCUACAAAGUGUGGCCUCGACCAUGGCUGCGCUGGCGAAGCACAUGAAUGUGCGCAUGACUGACGCGACGGCUUGGACGAUUCUCAACCAGCCUCAAUUGCUCUGCGCCUUGGAUCGACGACAGCCAAAAGCGAUAUCCGAGAGCGCAAAAAAGUUGCUGGAAGCAAUGGAGCUACGCGACGCAGACUUGGUGUGGGCGGUAUGGUGGAAAUCGCAGGCCAAUGGUCACCUCGAAGUGGCGACAAUAUUUCACGACGUGAUGUCUCGAAGCGCAGCGGAGGCGUAG